GCAGCCCGCAGCCAAGGGCGGAUCCCGGGCAGGACACGCGGCAGCCGCGGCUCGGGGGCAAGAUGCCGGAGCAGAGCAACGACUACCGGGUGGUGGUGUUCGGCGCGGGAGGUGUGGGCAAGAGCUCGCUGGUGCUGCGCUUUGUGAAGGGGACCUUCCGCGACACCUACAUCCCCACCAUCGAGGACACCUACCGCCAGGUCAUCAGCUGCGACAAGAGUGUCUGCACCCUGCAGAUCACCGACACCACGGGCAGCCACCAGUUCCCGGCCAUGCAGCGCCUGUCCAUCUCCAAGGGCCAUGCCUUCAUCCUGGUCUUCUCCGUCACCAGCAAGCAGUCCCUGGAGGAGCUGAAGCCCAUCUACCAGCAGAUCGUGCAGAUCAAGGGCAGUGUGGAGAGCAUCCCCAUCAUGCUGGUGGGCAACAAGUGCGAUGAGACCCAGCGGGAGGUGGAGACGCGAGAGGGUGAGGCCAUGGCCAAGGAGUGGAAGUGCGCCUUCAUGGAGACCUCGGCCAAGAUGAACUACAACGUGAAGGAGCUCUUCCAGGAGCUGCUCAACCUGGAGAAGAGGAGGAACGUGAGCCUCACCAUCGACGGGAAGCGCUCCAGCAAGCAGAAGAGGACAGACAAAAUCAAGGGGAAGUGCAGCGUCAUGUAGAGCCCUGGACUGGCCCUCGCCCCCUCUCCCGGUCUGCCCCUCUCCCCUCUCGAAGUCUGGACAUUGGCAUCGAAGCUGGGCCCGUCCCCCUCGCCCUCCAUGCGAUCACUGUGACUGUGCUGGGUGGCCGCAGUGCCGCGCUGGGGGGACGGCGGCGAAGACGGGGUGCUCAGCGGCACGGCAGCCUCCCACCGCCCGUCCCGGGGGAACGCCGGGGAAGCGGUGGGGCAGACACCGCACCCGCCAGUGCCUGCUGCGGCGGGCAGGGACGACGUGGGGGUGGGGGGUCCUGCGCGCCCCGGCCCGGCGCGUGGGGCGGCGCUCGGCCCCCGCGGCACGGUGCAGCCUGGCCGGGGAGCGUGCAUGCACACGCACUUGUGCACACGUGCACACGCACACACCGCAGCACAGCGCUAGUGGCCGGGGCAGAAGGCAGGGACGGGACGAGACGGGACGGGACCCUCGUGGCCGCACGGGGCCACUGUGGGGACCCCUCCGGAGAGCCGUCCGCGGCGCCGGCAGCAGCGCGGGUGCCCGCCUGGCUGCCGUGGUCCCCGUGCACAGCACGCACCAGUGCAUCACCUCCGCGCUUGCACCCCGGGAGAGGGUCGCACGCGUCCCUGGGGGUCCCGGCGCCCCGGCCGCGGCACCGCUGCCGCCGGGAGCUGCCAGCCGAAGCACAAGGCAGCGGGCCCGCGGGGGGGCCUGCCCCAGCACAAUCCUGGCGAGCUCCGACCCUGGCGCGGGGCUCCCCGGCCCCCUGCGGCGCCCCGCGGCCAGCCUCAGCCCUGGCGCCAGGGUGAUGGGCGCUGCUGCCCCCUCCCCCUGUCCCCCCGCCGGUGCAGCCCCGCCCGCCCCGG